AUGCUGCCUGGUUUUAAUCGUGUGACUGUGGGCGUACGGGUCCGGCCAAAGUUGGAUGACACGGUGAAUGCUCUUCAAAGAUCCGAACGCUACGAGCCAAUGGCUUGCUCGCGGUAUUCUGACACGACUCUUCGUGUGUGGGAUGGACGGCCAGCGAUAGACAGUCGGACCUUCUUCUUUUCCUACGAUGCUGUCUUUGACGAGGAUACACUCCAGGAGGAGAUAUACGAAGAGCUUGCAAUGGACGUGGUGGAUGACGUGCUUCGUGGCACCAACGCGACUAUUCUUACAUAUGGUCAAACGGGCAGUGGAAAGACGCACACGGUUCUCGGUAGGGUACAAAAAAGUUCUGUAGGGGAUGAUAUCAUCACCAGCGACACGGGUAUUUUGUUGCGUGCCCUGCAAGACAUUCUGCACCACGCAGAGAUUAACAGAAACAAAUUCCACAUUGUUGUUGGCCUUUCCGCUGUGGAGAUUUACCUUGAUGAGGUACGAGACCUGCUCUCUGACGAGCAACAACCCACUGCUGUUCAAAUGUCUCUUGUGAGAGAUGUGGUUCGCUUUGGAAAGUUGACAUAUGUUUCCGUCUGCUGCCUUGAGGAUGGCCUGAGGGUGUUUCAGAGGGCGACGGCAAGGCGGAUGCAACGGAUGACAUCCGCCAAUGACACCUCAUCUCGUUCGCAUGCAGUCUUUACCAUCGAAGUCUUUCAGCAACCCAUCACAUCCAGCAGUGCCCAACCAUUAGAUCUUUUAAAGUACAUAUCUAUGAGGGAGGAGGCUCAGCUCGCCCAAUUGGAAGGAAAAGCACCACGGAUGCAUUCAAAUCCGAUGUUUCCAACGGCUUCCCAGCAACUUUUUGGCGAGGAAUAUUCCCCAGUGAUGCACAGUAAACUUUCACUUGUUGACUUGGCGGGUAGCGAGAAGGUGCGCAACGCCAACGUAAAAGGCGAUGGAUUUGACGAGUUGAAAAAGAUUAAUGCGUCUCUCAGUGCGCUUGGGAAUGUUGUGCACAGUCUGCAUGAGGGUUCAAGACACAUUCCGUAUCGCGACUCGAAACUGACAACUAUCCUUCGCGACUCCUUUGCAACAGCAAGUGCACGCGUUGUUCUUAUCGUCAAUGUGAGUCCCACCACCCUAACUGUGGACGAGACGCUUUCCUCCCUGUACUUUGCCGACAAGGUGAAGGCGAUGAAGCCAGAUCCACGCAGUGGUGGAUCCGAUGAAAACGAUAUGGUCUGCGAAUAUUUGUCUUUGCUUCGGAAAUACGAAGCAUUAAUUGCCGAUGUGCACAUUGCGGGCGAAAUACACAUGUUUACUGCCCCGCAAAUUAUUCCACUUGUGGCUGAUGAUCAAUACAAUGUGUUGUAUGACCCGGCUUUUCACUUGAGGAGGCCCGAGUGUGAGAUCCGCAGAAUGGCGGCGAGUAUGAUGUGCGAGGCCUUCAAGGCAAGUGCCAGCGGAAAGAAUCAGAGUUUGGUGGAGCAGCAACAGAUGGAGGCGGAAAGGCGGUUGCUGCGGAAAGAAAUAGUUACAGAUUGGAAAAAGAGGUGGAAUAGUGUGUGUACUCAGAUUGAAAAUUUUUCAACGCAAACAGAGGGUCAGGGGGACGCUAAGGAACGGGCGUUGAUGGAUGAAGUGAAUAUGUCUUUAGCCCAGGUUGAGGACGCCCGGGUUAUGCGCUGUGGAAUGCAGAAGAAGCAUCAGAAGAUUGCCGAAUGUCUGGAGGAGGCGGGGCACACACUGCGUGCCUUGGAGGAGAAGCUAAUGUGUGCUGACGAUGCUGCGGUAGAUCCUGUUGCCGCCGAUUCAACAGCUCUGGAGCCGAGAGAGGCUCACCUAUUAAACCAAGGGGAAGAAUCAUGGGCACGACUCUCCGAGUUUGCCGCAUGUGCAGUUUAUUCUGCCACUCUACGCGAUGAAUUGUGUCGUUUGAUGUGCGAAACCCAGCGACUUUCCGGGGAACUGGCCAGGCAGGAACAGCGGCAUCAAUGGCAGUGGGGAGCCGCACCACAGCCGCAGAGCAAUUACGAUUGGUUGCACCACGUUGUGUGCGACAUGGCGGGCAACGCGGUGGGGACAUCACUUAAGCCUGAAGAAGAACUUCGGCACGGCGAUCCAAUGCCACUUGGGAGCCACCUAGCUUUCAAUGACGACUCAGUACCUCGACCCCACCAGUACUGGAAAUCCCAAUCUGUGGAGGGCAGUGAUGCAGGAAAGAAGUGUCGUGGUACGCGGUUUGAUACGGCGGAGCUGCUGGAAGACAUUUACUCUUUUGUGAAGAUGGGCGGGAAGGUGAUGAAGUACUCGAGAGGCGGCUUGCCACACCGCCGGCUUCUGUAUGUGGAUGGGAAAGCGGGUAAUGAGCAGCUCUCCUGGUCUGUGGCAGGGAUGCUGGGACGUGAGGACCGGAUUCCGUUGCGCAGCGUCAGGCAAAUACUCCUGGGGCGACCCUGUGCGCCCACUGGAUCGAGUUUGUAUUAUACAAGCUGGGGUGUUGUGUCCCAGCAGGAGAACAAGACGAAGAUCACGGGUUUUGCUUGCGAUACUGUGGCCGAAUUCGAGGCGUGGGUACUAGGCAUCAGUCAGCUCACAGGAGUGAAACCCACUUUUGGCGAGCCAAUGAAGAUACAGUCAGAGACGGAGGCGAAGUGGGAUGCGCUCAGCGAGAAGAAGAGGGCAUUUUGUGCCGAGUGGCAUAUCCCACCGCCGGUUUUUAUUGAGGCGGAGGGACAAAUUACGAGCCGUGGCAAGCGUUCUCGACACUCGGGACUUCGAUUGACGCCGGGCGAGUUACGGAAUCUUGUAAAACUAGACAUAUUCCGCGCCUCCGCCAUGUGGCUACACUUUUUUGCUGAGGGUCUUGUAGUGAAUGCAACGAACACGCUUUACUGCCACGUUGAGCUACGAGGGAUGCCGAAAGUGAUGCCAAAAAGGAUGAAAUCCGCCACGAACGCUGAGUCGUGUGAUGGCACUUCAUUGAAGAGCAUGCCUUUCUCUUCCGAUAGAAGGGAGACCGAAUAA